AUGGUUCUAGGGAAAAGUUUGGUUUUACUGAAGAGUGUCGGGGAGGAAGAUUUGAACUUUAAAUGGAACUUUGGGGACCGCGGCGCCCGCAACGCGGCCCUCUCAAUCUUCGCAGGAGGCGAAGUUUCAGUAGUCCAAACCCUAACCCCUCUUUUUAACCUUAUGGGUAAAGUCAACUACAUGGGUGGCCCCGGAUCGGGGCAGCAAGCGAAAUUGGGGAAUCAGAUCGCCAUUGCAUCGACGAUGGUGGGUUUGAUUGAAGGGAUGAUUUAUGCACAUAAGGCUGGAUUGGAUGUUGGUCAAUGGAUGGAGGCGAUAUCGAAGGGGGCUGCGGGGUCGAAAAGUUUGGAGCUUUAUGGGAAGAGGAUAUUGGAGAGGGACAUGGAGCCCGGGUUUUAUGUGAGGCACUUUGUUAAGGAUUUGGGGAUCUGUUUGAAGGAGUGUGAGAGGAUGGGGUUGGCUUUGCCAGGGUUGGCGCUGGCUCAGCAGCUUCACGUUUCGUUGAUGGCGCAUGGAGAAGGGGGCCUUGGGACGCAGGCGUUGGUUUUGGCAUUUGAGAGGAUGAAUAAUGUUUGCUUGAAGAAGAGCGAGGGGUAAACGGGGUGCGAUCGAAAUUUUAUGGUGGUUUGUGAUCUCUCUUGCUUGAUUUCGUAUGUUGUUGUAUGGUUGAUCUGUGUGUUGAUUGAUGUAUGUUUGAACUCUCUUAUUUUGCAAAUAAGAUGACUAGACUCUCUUUUAUGUAUCAAUGCUAUGUAUUGGCAUCUUAGUUCCAGUGAACUUUUGGUUCAAGUUGUGAAAAUGUCAAAAUGUUUGGUUUC